AACGCAAUAUACUGGGGACAAAAUGGGGGAAACGCUUUCCAAGACAAUGAUGUGUCCACGUACUGUGUACCAGAAGCUGGCAUCGACCUAUUAGUGUUAGCUUUUUAUGAGUAUGGCAAUGGGAAUAUGUUUCCAUCGGGUACAAUUGGUCAGUCGUGCUCGUUACUACCGAGCGGCGACUCUUUUCAGUGCGAAGAUUUGGGUGCUGCAAUCAAGAAAUGCCAAAUGAAUGGAGUCACAGUACUUCUCUCGCUUGGUGGUGCAACAGGAGCAUAUUAUCUCUCAUCACAGCAGGAGGCUGAAAUGAUUGGUCAGCACCUCUGGGACGCAUAUGGACAUACGAAAAGUGAUGUUGUACAUCGACCUUCUGGAACAACUUUGGUCAAUGGCUGGGACUUCGAUAUUGAGACAUCUGGCGGUAUUGAAUGUUACCAAUAUCUCAUCAAUAACCUGCAAUCUAAUUUCAACUCCGUUCAUUCAAAUAGGUACUAUAUCACUGGGGCACCACAAAGCCUUAUCCCUGAACCGAAUAUGCAACAAAUUAUCGCAAAUAGUCAAUUCGAAUAUCUUUGGGUGCAGCUUUACACAAUCCUAGCUGUUCAGUUGCUAGUUACCCUCAGUUAG